AUGGCGUUUGCUUGGCAUAACUAUGCUCUUGCUAUUUUGCUUUUGGCCAUGAUCCCUUUUGAGGGCACUUGUGGCUCCUCCCAUCACCACAAUCGCCACCGCCCCAACCCCUACAAAUCCCUUCACUUCUCAUUGUUUCAACAUGAAACCAUAAACAAAACAGGUUAUGUCAUUGUGAAUGGAGUGGAACUGGAAGGAGGGGAAGAAAUAACUGAAACAACAACCCCUUUAGGUACCCUUUUUGUCUUUCAGGACCCUUUGACUGUCACAGCUAAUAGAUCCUCCAAAGAAGUUGGAACUGCAGAAGGAAGUUCCAUCACCUCUAGUCUUGAUGGGUUUAGCAGCAUUUCUGUUGCCAAGAUAACUCUUCGUGUGAAGGGUCGCAAGGGUUCAGUUUCCAUUGUGGGAGGCACAAAUAACAUCAAGCGUUCAGAUCAUCCAGUGGUAGGAGGCACUGAAGAUUUCUUGUUUGUGCAAGGCUAUGUUACGUCUUAUCCUGUUGAUCUAAAGGGUCCUACAGUUGUCUACAAGAUUCAAUUUCAUCUUUACUGGCCUCCUUAUCCACCUCAAGCCUCUUAG